GUAGAACCAGUACAGCCAGCCAACGUGCUCACCAGUGGUAACCAUUUGCAUUUGAAUCUGUGAUUUUGGCAAGCAUGCAUCUGACUGCAAGUGAUUGUGAUUGUUUAUCAUCGAUUCCGGUCAAGUUAUAAUGGUUAAUUCUGUGAAAGAAAUUGUUGUAAUAAUGCUGUAAUUGCCUCCGAAAGAAGUUGUUGCGUUUGUUUUUUAACUGAAGGGGACAGAAAGAAAAUUAUUUAAAAAUGAAUCCAAUGACGAACGUCAAAAACAUUAAAAAGCUUAGCGAACAAGAACUACGGAGGAAUCUGAAGACAUCCUGGCAUGAUCAGUACAGAGACAGUGCCUGGGUGUUUGUUGGAGGUUUGCCUUAUGACCUUACAGAAGGCGAUGUAAUUUGCGUGUUUUCACAAUAUGGAGAAGUUGUUAAUUUAAAUUUAGUUCGUGAUAAAGAUUCUGGAAAACCCAAAGGAUUCUGUUUUCUGUGUUAUGAAGAUCAACGAAGCACUGAUUUAGCAGUAGAUAACUUUAAUGGCAUCAAACUUUUGGGGCGAACUUUGAGAGUGGAUCAUGUUCAAAAUUACAAAGCACCAAAGGACUCUGAAAAAAAAGAUGCAGAAACUCGACGCUUGCAGGAAGAAGGCUGUGCUCCUGCUGUUUUUUCAGCUAUUAAGAAAGAACCAGAUGUGAAAAAAGAAAAACUUGACACCCAAGAUGAUUGUAUGAUAAUUGAAAGAGCACCCAGUGUAGUAGACCUUGUUGGAGAAAGGGGAAGGAAAGAAAUAAAGUCUGAGUCGAAGAAUAAAAAGAAGAAAGAAAAGAAAGCAUCGAAGGAGAAAGAAGCAGAUAAAAAGAAAAAGAAGAGAAAGAGGAGAAGAAGCAGCUCAUCUAGUAGCAGUAGUGGAGGAAGCAGUGGUAGUGAUAGUGAUAGUAGCUCAGCGGAGAGUGAUAGUAGUGAGGAAAGAGCUCGGCCAAAGAAAAACUCUCAUAAACAGGCCAAGAAGAAGAAAUCGAAGCAACUGAUAGAAGGACUACACAAUGGUGAAACAAAUGCAAGUAGUACACGACGAAAACUUGAAGAGAAAAUUAAAGCUUUGGAAAAGGCUUUGAAAAAUGUGAGAUCAGGAAAGAAUAAGCAAGAAAAGACAUAAUAUAUGAAUUGUCCUCUUUAAUGGUCAUGAAAACGAUAUAAAAUAUUAGUGAUUUUUUAAAAAGUGUUGUGUUAGAGAAACACGAGAUGUAACUGAGAAGAAAAAUACAGUGGUAAGAAAUAGAUCUCGAUGAUGUAAUUCUGUAAUCUGUCACAUGAGUUGUUUGAUCAUUUCAAACUUUUGUGGAGUGAUUGAGAAAUACAUAUACAUCUCGUGAGUACCCGUCUCUUAGGUGCUCAAUGCUGCUUGUCUCAGGAAAGUGAAGUUAACUACUUUUUAACUAUAGCAGUCAAAGAGUACACUUCAGCAUCUUUCAACAAGCACUUUUUGAAAGUGAGUGUGAGGAAUAUGAGAAAAAAUUGAUUUUAUUUAUGAAAUUCUGCAUUGAAUACCUCAAUACAGCUCCAUAUUAAUAAUGAAAAAAUAUGUUUAAAAUAUUUCUUCAGUUUUCUUGACAUCUCCAUCUGAUUUACACAAUGCACAUCAUUGUUUUCUUCCUUUCAAGUUUGUCAAUUUUCUUUGUACGUUUUCAUUCACGACAAAGGACAAUUAGUAUUUAAUGCAUACUUCUUUAUGAGCUAGUCCUAAUACAUGUACCUUCAGUUAUAAAUCUAACUGAGAAAUUCUCAAAAAGUGUUUUCUCUGGCUUUGACAAUACUUCGUGUAACUGAGGUUAGUGACUCAGCAACACCCAUUUGAGACAUUGAGCAAAUCACUUUUUUGCUAAAAUAGCCCCUUGAAAUGUAUUACUUUUAAUUGUGAAAUAAAUAACUCUUUUUAAGCCAAGAAAAAUUCACAAUGAAUCCAUGAAUAAUUGAAUUUACCGAUUUUGCUUUAAUGUGUUUGCCCAUUUAUGGCUACAUGAAUAUUCUGUACAGGUUUACAUUUGUAAUAAAAGGUUUGACUGUUAAUUUUUCUUAUUGUAUUCUUGAAAAAUUGGGUGGUGAAAUUUAAAGAAAGUUUUGAAUUUAUAUCUGAGAAAUUUGUGAAGAGAAUCUCUGUAAUUUGAAUAAAUUGAUAAAAGGAAGUGAAUGAGAUAAAACAAAUAUUCACAAAAUUUCUUUUUAACAAAUGUGUAAAAAUGUUAUUCAAAGGAAAAAAGGAGUAAAAACAAUUUCUAGGUUCCACAUAUGCUUAUGUUUAAACUACAAACAUAUUAUGCUUUUGUUUCACUCUAAAUGCAAUUAAUUGAAAUUUCAAUUAUUAGAAAUAUUUGUGUAAAUUAUUUUAACACAUUCUAAUGUAAUGAAUGAUGCACUUUGUUCUGAUUAGGCUGACUUUAAAGGCUGUUGUGCAUUAGCUGAUCCAGGUGCAGUGGAAUCAGGGAGAUCAUGAUCCGCCCUCAGUCUUACUGAAGAAAUUUGAAUAAUUUUGCAAGAAGAAAAAUAAUGAAUUAGGUUAUUACUUCAAGAAUAAUUUGGGGGAUGUAUGAUCUUACAUCACUGGUCCCCAAGUGAAACUUGUUAAUUCUUGUUUGGGAAUAUAUCAAGUUGAAAAUUGUGUUAUGUCAUGAUCUGUCUAUAUAUUUUGUUUGAUAAGAGAUAAAACCUCUUGGUUUCUUACACACACUUUAAUGUGUAAUAUUGCUUUUAAGAAAGAUGAAUUUUGUUUAGUGUUUUCUGAACUCCUUAAAAUCGAAGGAAUUGAUCAUUUUUUAAUAAGAAAUUAAUUAAAAAAAUGUGACUAAUUGAUUUAAACAAAGAGUUUGUUGAAAUAAAUCAGCUGUUAUGGUGUAAUCCAAUCGGGAACUUGGAUGGCACCUACAGUAGUGACAUUUAAGUUCUCUAUUGAUGACACUGUAACAGCUGAUCAAACGUCAACAGAUCCUGUAGAUAAAUUGAAAUAUAGCAAAAUAAAUAAUUCAUAAAUGUCAAAAAUAGACUUGGUGAGUUUCACUUGUAUUCUGAUGAUUUAUACACUGCAAAAGCAAAAGUUUUGGUAAACAAAUUAAAAAGUUUGCAGUUUUGAGAAACAGCUGCUUAUCUCUGACUGUAAAACCC